CAUCACUUGUGGUACUAUUUGAAGACAUGAGUAACCGUUUGACACGUAGAGUCAUUGACACCAAUAAAGUGCCGAAAUCUCGAGUGGAACUACAUCUUCAUUUGGGUGGUUCGGUCCGGUUGUCAACAGUUUGGGAGUUAUGUCAGAAAAAAGGUAUUAAAUUGACCACAAAUGGCACAUUCAAAGAGUUGGUCGACUUUUGUGUGAUUAAAAAACCGGGAAAAUUGAUUGAUUUUUUGAACAUUUUGUCACAUUAUGGACGGAUUCUGGUCGGCGACGCCGACACUUUUGAACGAUGCGCUUAUGAGAUCUGUGAGGAUGAGGCCAAUGAUGGUGUCCUAUACUUUGAGUUGCGAACGGCUCCACAUCUCGGAUCAAAUAUAGUCAAAAAAGGACACAACGAUCCCAUUAUUGCGGCUAAUCAUCCAAAUGCUUGUUCACCGAAACAAGUGGUUGAAGCCGURCUGAGAGGUCUAAAGCGCGGACAACAAGAUUUUGGUAUACAUUCAGCCCUUAUAUUGUCGUGUGUUUGCGGUUAUCCCGAGUGGAGUGAAGAAGUGCUACAACUCGCACAAGAAUAUCGAGACAAAGGUGUUGUUGGUAUUGAUAUCGCCGGACAGGAGGACAUGAAUCCAGAUUUAACACAUAGUUUUACACAAAAUGAAGUGAUGGUCUUCAAGGCAGCUAAAGAGUUAGGCCUUCACCGGACAGUCCACGCAGGAGAAGCCGGUCCAGCAGUUAAUGUUGAGUUUGCAUUGGACUCGAUGUUUGCCGAACGCAUUGGACACGGAUAUAGUGUUAUAUUUGAUGACAAUAUAUACCAGAAAUGUCUUAAUGAUAAUAUACACUUCGAGUUGUGUCCGCACUCGAGUUACUUCACGGGUUCCAUAAAUCCAAUCAACAGAAAUCCAAUAGUCGUUUUUGCCGAAGACAACGCCAACUUCUCCAUUAGUAAAGACGAUCCAACAGUCACUGCCGUAACUCUCGAUGAAGAGUAUGAUUAUUGCCGUCAAUUAGGUCUAAAUGAGUCUCAUAUUACUCGAGCUAAUUUGAAUGCAAUGAGAGCAGCAUUUUGUUCAUCAAUUCUUAAGGAACAACUUCUUAAGAAACUUUACUCUAUUUAUGGAUUUGAAUAA